AGGCGUCUUCUCUUUCGGACCUUGUAGAAUUGUUUAUAAUCCGAUGUGUCCUGAUCCCGAUGUAACGUUCUACCUCUAUACCCGAUUCAAUCCCGAGCAUCCAGAGCAAAUUAGCGUUGGUUUGGAACGCAAUAUUUCAAAUUUAAUGGACACGGCUUUCGACCCAUCUAAACCAUCCAAGAUUGUCAUACACGGAUACAAUUCAAACAUGCAUUUAAGUGCCCUGGAGGAAAUAAGAAAAGAAUAUGUAAAAACGAGAGAUUUCAACGUUUUCGCGGUCGACUGGAGUCCCUUGAACCGUUCUCCCUGCUACAUCGGCGCAUUGAUAAAUGUCAGACAUGUCGGGACUUGUACUGCGCAGCUAGUCCAAAGAAUUAGGGAGUUAGGAGGAACUGAUAUACACGUAAUAGGUUUUAGUUUAGGUGCCCACAUAACAAACUACAUGGCUAUCGCUCUUCGUCCUUACAAGUUACCAAGGAUAACAGGACUGGAUCCGGCAUUCCCUGGCUUCAUAACUCCUGUGUUAGAUGAUAAGUUGGACAAAUCCGACGCUGAAUUUGUGGAUGUGUACCACACGAAUGCCUUCAUGCAGGGGAAAGUGGAGGAAAGCGGCCAUGUUGACUUUUAUAUAAAUGGAGGGGUCAUCCAACCUGGUUGUUGGGCGGAAAGAAGAUUUUUCGCCUGCAAUCAUCAUAGGGCACCCCUCUACUACGCGGAGUCUGUCAACACCGAAAAGGGUUUCUUUGGAUGGCCCUGCCCCUCCUACCUCCAAUACCUCCUAGGCAGAUGCCCCCCAAAAGAUCCUCAAAUCAUGAUUGGCGAGUUCAUCAGUCCCCACGCUCGUGGAGUGUACCUAGUCAUAACCGAGUCCGUGUCUCCUUACGCCGUGGGCAAGUACGACGGACCAGCCAUCGAGAUUCUCCUCAAAUCGGACAGAGACAGGUCGAAAAUCCUGAACAAGUACAAGAAGGAGAUCCUGGAAUACAUCGACGAGGAAUAUGUGAUAGAACAGCUCUACAAAAAGCAAGAGAAGGAUGUGCGGAUAAAUUCUAAGCUGGCUGAAGACGUGUUGCUGUAUGACGUCACUGACUUUAUUAAUAUAUUUAUAGACUGCAACAAUGGCAGGACAGCGAUAAGUAUAAAAUAUAUAGCAACUUUGAUCAACAACGGCAAAUGCUUAGAAUUUAGGUUACCAGAAAUCACUAUACGCUUGGGCCUGCUGAAUAUUUAUGAUCUGAUUUUUCUAGCAUAUGGAACUUACAAUAGGAGCAUCUUGAUGGAAAAAUAUCCAGAUUUAGGAAACAAUUUUGUAAUUUUCCCUGAUGAAGAAAAUGGGAAUCAGUUGGGGUAUUUGGAUCCUCCAGCUGGACCCAACAGAUUAUUUGGCAUUGGAAAUAACGUAGAAGAAGAUGUUACCUUCACAUUAUACACAAGGCAAAAUCCCGAGGGGAUCGAGUUGAAAAAUUUUACAGAUUUUUCAAGACAUAUAGACACAUCUAAGAAAACUGUGUUCGUGACUCAUGGGUGGAUGUCUAGUGGGAAGAAAGAUAAUUGCAUUAUCAUAAAGAAUGGCUAUUUGGAAGCCUCCGAUGUUAAUGUGUUUAUUGUUGAUUGGAGCGCCAUUGCAGGAAAUAUAUUUUAUGUAUUCCCAAUGGGACGUACGAAAGACGUUGGGGAUUACUACUCACGCUUCCUGAACUACUUGGUCAAUGAUAUGAAUAUGGAUCCCAAAGACUUUCAUCUCAUUGGCCACAGUUUGGGCGCUCACGUAUCUGGGUUUGCUGCAAGAGGCUUAAUUAAAGGAAAAGUUGGUAGAAUUACAGGUUUAGAUCCUGCUUUACCAGGGUUCGACGCAGGAUUGAUGAAGGAAGGUCGGUUAAACACAAAUGAUUCUGACCUUGUAGACGUAAUACACACAUGCGCUGGUUUCCUUGGACUAAAACAACCAAUUGGUCACGUAGACUUCUACCCUAAUGGAGGAGGACCUCCUCAACCUGGUUGUUCAGUCACGGAAGCAUGUAGUCAUAGCAGAAGUUGGAAGCUAUAUGCUGAAAGUAUAACCUUAAAGCAACCUUAUAUGGCGUCUAGAUGUGAAUCCUUUGAAUUGCUUUUCACAGGAAAGUGUAAUGGAACAAAUAUACCAAUGGGAUAUUCAACACCUAAUGGUGCUGAUGGGGUGUACUAUAUAGAAACGACUGGAGAAGAACCGUAUAUUAAUUUGUAG